AUGAGAAGAAUAAAUAGGAGGAGGAGAAGGAGGAGAAAGAGUAGGAGCAGGAGAGGGAAAAGAGGAGGAAAAUCGAGAGGAAGGAGGAAAUUAACAGAGUUGGAGGAGGAAGAAGAAGAAGGGAGGAGGAAGAAGACGAUGUUGGAGGAGGAGGAGGAAGAGGAAGACGAGGAGGAUGAGAGAGGAAAAACAAAAGGAAGAAGGAAAACAAGGAGGAGGAAAAGCAAAAAGAAGGAAAGGGGAGAAGGUGAUAUAAGAAGAAGAAAGAAUAAGAAGGACGACGACGACAAAAAUGAGAAGAAACUGGAGGAGGAGAAGGAAAAAGGAGAGAGGAGAAGGAGGAGGAGUAGGAGUAGGAGCAGGGAAAGAAGAGGAAAAUUGAUGGAGUUGGAGAAGGGUGAAGAAACAAGAAAGGAGAAAGAAUGA